AUGCUUCCCGACGCCCCACGCGUGUUCCAGAUGCUGAGUCGGGGUCUGGACAAACGCGACGCCGAGGACAACAGCUCCCACCCUGCGACGAAAGAAUCCAGCGCUCCCACCGCCUCGGAUGAUCUCACCCAGUCUGUCUCUCAACUGAACGUGGAGGAUAGCACGGAACCUGCGUCGAAACUCUACAUCUUGGCCGAUACCUCCUACGGCACCUGCUGCGUCGACGAGGUGGCCGCGGAACAUGUCAACGCAGAUGUAGUCGUGCACUACGGACGGUCCUGUCUGUCCCCGACGGCACGGCUACCGGUCAUCUACGUCUUCACGAACAAACCCUUGUCCCUCGACCCUGUGGUCCGCGCCUUCAAAGAGACCUACCCAGACCCAGCAAGCAAGGUCAUCCUCGCGGCCGACGUAACCUACUGCGGCCACCUACCCGCUCUGCACAAACGCCUGUCCGAGGAGGGCUACACGAACCUGUUUGCAACGGAAGUCGUGCAUAACCCGUCGUCUGCCAUCCCCAACCGGACGGUGCCAGAUUCGGUGCGCGAAGCCCCCGAGUCCCUGUCCGACUGGCAGCUUUUCCACAUCUCUGACCCACCCACUGCCCCUCCUCUUGACCCUUGCUUCCCGCGUCGCCGCCAUCCACAUCUAUCCCACGGACGGCCCGACAAGCGACAACGUCAAGCCGCUGCCAGCAUCCUCGGCGAUUGCUCUGCGUCGUCGCUAUGCCAUUCUCACGUCCCUCACCACCGUCCCCAUCUUCGGUAUCCUGGUGAACACCCUGAGCGUGAAGAACUACCUGCACAUCGUGGACCAUGUGAAGGGGAAGAUUGCCGCGGCUGGCAAAAAGAGCUAUCUAGCGACGCGGAGCGAGUCUGGACCGGCGCGUGGCAGAGCGACUUCCAGAGCGUUCUCGACCAGCAACAAGCGGCGGCCGCACAAGGGGCGGAGGCCGAGAAGAAUGCGACAGCCGACGGCGAAGACGACGAGGAGUCAGAACCCGAGUCCGCGCCUCCUGAAUUCGACCUGCGUACGGGGCGGUAUGUGUCGCACUCGCGUCCGAUGCGCAAUGCCGCACCCCGUGUUUCUGCGGGCGAUGCGGCGGCGUCUGCGGCCAACGGACCCUCCGCGGCGCGGGCACUGGCUAGGCGGGCCAAGGGCGAUCUGGCGAUGAUCGGCGGGACGGUGUCCCCAGGGGCGGAGUUCCUUCGAUCGCAGCGCACCUGGAAAGGGCUGGGCAGCGACUUUGAUAUUCAAUAUGAAGACGAGGGGGAGGAGCGGGACAGUACGCUGGUAGUGGAAGGGCGCAAGGGCGUUGCAAGGGGGUAUACCGUGGGAGAAUCGAUAGACCGGCAUUAA